CAAGAACCCCCUGACCCCCUUUCUAGUAGCGUCUACCGGGGAAGGAGAGUCGUGACAGUUCCUCCACGAGGUGUGUUACACAACUCGCCUCCUCAACCAUCUAUCCGCCGGACAACAAAUAGAGACGCGUGUCGACUGGGAGAGCCACCAGAAAACUUCGGGAGGUGACGAAGUGGUGAGGCAUUACAGGAAGUGACGAAGUGUUAUAGGAAGUGGUGAUACAUUAAAGGAAGUGACGAAGUGUUAUAGGAAGUGGUGAUACAUUAAAGGAAGUGACGAAGUGUUAUAGGAAGUGGUGAUACAUUAAAGGAAGUGACGAAGUGUUAUAGGAAGUGGUGAUACAUUAAAGGAAGUGACGAAGUGUUAUAGGAAGUGGUGAUACAUUAAAGGAAGUGACGAAGUGUUAUAUGAAGUGGUGAUACAUUAAAGGAAGUGUGGAAGUGUUGCAGAAGGUGAAAACAAGUGCUACGGGAAGUACUGUACUGAAAUUACGUGUACUAAGUGUUACAGCGAGUGAGAAGAGUGUUAUAAAAAGAGUGAAGGACCAGGAGGCAUACUUUUGAAACCAUGUUGAAGUGUUGUGUUGAAGUGUCAUGGCCAGUGGGAGCAACCUAUCGCUCUUAGACACUUCAUCCACCCACUCCACACCUUCCUCAGCGCACUACUCUCCUCCUUCCUCCGCCCACUCUACGCCCGCCACCCACUCUACGCCCGCCGCCUCUCACUCAGCACCAACUACGCCCGUCGUCACCACAGUUCGCUGGGCCGAGAAACGAACUGCUCUGAAAGGCAUUGUCAUGGUGGCAGACGUUGAGAACCAGAAGACACCACUUGUGACAGCCAUGGAGCUGCAGUCACUUAAGGCAGGUGAUGUCAACACUUUCCUGGAGGGUGAUGAUGACCCUGGCAUACGCAACUUGAUUCAGAAAUGGGGCGCAGCAUCAGUGUGGCGACCCCUCCUUAGUGAUGACCAAGCAGCCCAUCAGACAACCUCACUUCAUGUUGCUGCUAAAAAGGGAGCACUUAAAUGUUUACAGGUUUUAUUAGAUGCCAAUCCACCUAAAGAUGUUCUUGAUGCCCCAGAUCAUGAUGGAAGAACACCACUCUUGGUGGCAGUCUCUGAAGCACAGGCGGAAGUUGUUGAAAAGCUCCUCAAUGCUGGAGCUCAUAUUAACGCUCGUAAUGAUAAAGGUCAGACUGCGCUUCACAUCUUGACCUUUGCCAUAUCUAAAGGGGUUAAAAAUGAUGGAAUUUUAGAUAAAAUAACAGACUUACUCUUAUCUCAUAAGGACAUUGAUUUGGAACCUCAUGCAGAACUCACACCACUAGCUGUAGCUGCAUCAAGGUUACCUCAAGGUGACGGGGCUCCUAGAAGAGGUGGUCUUAUCAAAUUUUGUAAAAAAAUGGUAAAUGCUGGUGCUUCUCUUCAGGAAAAUGGAGGGGAUGGCACUAUUGAGGAAAUUCUACAAGGCAAACGAGCCCUUCCUUCCAUCCUGAUGGGUGGUGAUCGCUGUCCUGCACCUAGAAGACCUGCAGCAUCAGAAUUCCUUGAUAUGGUAUUAAUGGGAAGCGGUAUACAGGAUAUACAGGUGUUCUUGCAAAAUAAAUCUGCUGAAGAUGCUCGUGCUGCAGUCAAUAGUCGACUUGGUAAACAAACUCUACUUUUCUAUGCUGCUAACAUUAGCAAUGAAUCAUUAAUUAAAACAUUAAUUGAGGCCGGUGCAAAUGCUUGGGCAUUUGAAAUAACACAUGAACUGCCCAUUCAUCGUGCUGCUGCCCGAGGGCACUUAUCUAUUUUCAAUCGUAUCAUUGAUCAUAUGAAAGGGGACAAGAGAUCAGUAGAUCUCAGAGAAUAUACUGUUAGUAUUGUCCAAAAACUGAUGGAGAACAGUAAAAAACAAAAAGUACCUUCUCCUGACAUUAGCCAUUUAGAUUGUUUACGAAGAUUAAUGCAAGACGAUGUUCUCUUGAAUGUCAACCAGGAAUGGAUGGGUAAGACUGUACUGCAUGUGGCUGCAUCUUUUAAUAAUCAGGAGGCCAUGAGUGUGCUUUUGUGUAAGGGGUCAUUCCUUGGUGCUCGCCAAACAAUAGCAGGCAAGACCCAAGGUAUUAUCCUGGAAUCAAUUCUUCCAGCAACUCUGGAACGAGCUAUGGAUGGCUGUAUUACACACCAGCCAGCAAACAGAGAUGACGGUGAACCAGAAAAUGUUCUAAAUGAGGAAUACACAUUGAAAUUGGACUUUCAUUUUCUCUUACCUCCAGUCAAUGAUGAUAUAAAGAAAGAGGUAAAAAGUACUAAUGAAGUAGAAGCACUGAUGGACAUUAAUAGGAGUAAAAGGCACCGACAAACCAUAAAACAUCCACUCGUACAGUGUCUGUUGUAUGCAAAGUGGCGGAAGGCUCUACCUCUUUACCUUCUCAAUCUAGGACUUUACUUCUUCUUUGUCAUUAUGCUUACAGGAUUUGUUUAUAGUAUGAAAGAUUUGCGUGUACUUGAAGCUCAGGCAAAAAUGGCUGGCAAUUCUGGAUCUUCCAAUACUACUCUGGAUCUGGAAGAACAGAUAUUAAGUCAACAAACAACAGUGCAUUGGCUCAUGGGAUUCCUUAUCCCACUCACUAUAUACAUGAUUAUAAGGGAGGCAUUCCAAGUUUUCUACACCAGGGAAGUCUACCUUAAGAAUAUUGAGAACUACUUAGAAAUAUUUUUAGUUGUGGUUGUGGUCGUUCUGUGGUGCACAACACUUGGCGCCGACGUCACCCGCCACCUUGCUGCUUGGGCUAUGAUUGUUGCCUGGUACGAGUUCGUGCUUAUUCUUGGUCGAGCUCCCCCCCUUGCCAUCUACAUUACAAUGCUUCGACAUGUCUCGUGGAACUUCCUAAAGCUCAUCUUCUUGUAUGGUGCCCUCAUUCUAGCUUUCACCAUAAGCUUCAACAUCAUCCUACAACCUACUACUGAUGGGCAGGAUUCAGACUUCAGUAAUUUCUGGUCAACACUGCCAAAGGCAAUCGUAAUGGCAACUGGUGAAUUUGAAUACUCAGACCUGAGUGAGCAGUUCUCUCGCAAGUUGCUGUUCUUCACGUCGGCCAUACUUAUCUUCCUUCUCUUCCUAUUCCUGAUUUUUCUGGUCCUCAUGAAUGUUAUGAAUGGACUGGCAGUCACAGACACACAGCAAGUGGUAGAUGAUGCCAAACUCUACUCCCUUACUUCACGCCUGGAACUCGUCUACCUCACUGAAUCUUUGUUCCUUAGUUGUCCAGGCUUGAGGUCUUAUGUUGACAAAAUUCACCUACUGUCAGGAUGCAAGUACAGGCCCAUUCUGUUUGCACAGAUUAAUAAGCCCAAGAAAGAAGAAAGACUCAUAUCUGGGAAAAACAAAGAAUUCCUUAGUAAACUGGAUGAUGACACAGCUGAUUGCCUCAGAAUCCAUCGCCUGCAGUGUAUAGAAGAAGAUCAGAAGAGUUGUGGUGAUCCUUUGAACCAGUUCCUCCCUAUCUUGCAAGAGUUACAAGAUAUUGUCAGGAAUCAUCCUCAACUUGUACAACAAGCUGCAUCUACUGUGCACCCUGGAAAUUAAGACAUAGUUUUUUAUGCCUAUACAAGGCUAUUGGUCAAAUAUAAUUUAAUGACAACAUCAAGUCUACUGGUGUUGGAAUGUCACAUUGUAGGGUUAUGUGAUAUUAUAUUGUCUAGCUCUCAGAAUGGAUGGAUGGAAACUCUAGGUGGUGGUUUUCUUAUAUAAAAUAUAUUACCGUAUAUACAAGACAGUCUGGUGCUGGAGAUGCCGUGUUGUGAGAAGUUUGGUCAAGAGACAUGUUGAGUGAGUAGUGUGCUUGAGGAGGUAUCUGUGCAGAAGCUUGGAGAUGUUGCAUGUUGCUGUCCUCCAGGUUGAAUGAGAGCUGGACAGCGAGGAGCUUGCUUGGAGGAGGUGUUGCGUGUUCAGGAACGUAGAG